UACGUAGCACAAUACUACCACCCAGGGUCUUAAAAGGGCAUUUUCAAAGUUAACAUAUCUAAUAUCUAAUUCAGCCCCAAUAAAACAAACAUACUUAAUAGUUUUCUUUUAAAGUAAGCUCUUUGUAGGACGCUGACUAAGAUUCAUAUAACAUGUUUAUAAUAUUUACUUUUGAUAUAUGAUUUCACCUGUUGUUUCAGAGCGGAAGUUAAUGUUAGGAAUUUAAUUCUGAUUGGUCGUUCAUGUGGCGCUUCCUUGUCCCUCGUGUAAAUAGUUCCUGACUCGGCUCACCAUUUAGCGAGAUUUCAACUAGUGGUGGAUGGAUACAAGAAAGUCUUGGAACAACUUUUCUAAAUGUGAACAUCGUUAAUGUAUGUCGAAUUUAUAAUGGACAACAGCUAUAGUGUACUGCUUGUUUUUGUAGCUAUAUUUAUCCAUUUGACUAAACCAAAUUAUCAUCUGAAAUUUACAGAUGAAGCCAGUGGCGGAAAUCAGUGCUAGCUAGCUAGCUAGCCAGACCCCUCCGUCAGUCCGUCCGUACAGUAAAAGUCUUCUCUGUCAGAAGGAUGAAUAUGGCUUCUAUUGUGGAAAAGGGAAUGUCUUUUCUCAUGAAGAAACAUGUUCUCUUCACUGUUUCCCUUGCCGUGCGUCUGGUCCUGGUUUUUUAUGGUGUGUAUCAGGACAAGACGAUGGUGGUCAAGUACACUGAUGUAGACUACCAUGUUUUCACGGAUGCAGCGAGAUUCAUCACUCAGGGUGAAUCUCCGUACAGACGUCCCACCUACCGCUACACACCCCUGCUAGCAUGGCUUCUCACCCCUAAUAUCUACCUCAACCCCAUGUUCGGGAAGCUGCUCUUCGUGGCCUGUGACCUCCUCUCCGGCCUCCUCCUCCACCACCUCCUUUGUCUACGGGGAUCCGAUGGCGAUACGGCCAGUCGUGUCGCCUCCCUCUGGCUUCUCAAUCCACUGCCCGCCGGGGUGUCGACCCGAGGUAACGCCGAGUCGCUCCUGGCAGCCCUGGUUCUGGGAACGCUGCUCUGCUUGGAGCGAAGGCAACUGGGGCCUGCGGCGGCCCUGUACGGGUUGUCGGUCCAUAUGAAGAUCUACCCGGUGACCUACGCCCUGCCUAUAGCUCUUUCUCUAGCUCUGGGAGCAAGAGAAGGACAGGAGAAGGAGGGAGGGGGCAUCAGGAAGGGCGGAGAGGAGACGGUGACAGCGGGGGGAUGGAAGAACAGGUGGAGGAGGGGGGUGGGGUUGCUCAGACUUUUUUUCUGUAAGGAUCUGCUCCUCUUCGGUGGUGUAGCUGGAGGAGUGUUCUGUGGGCUGACUGCUUUGUUCUACUACAUGUAUGGCUGGAACUUCCUGUUUGAGACCUACCUGUACCACCUGACCAGAAGAGACAUCCGCCACAACUUCUCCCCAUAUUUCUACAUGUUGUACCUUACUGCAGACAGCCCCUGGAGCCUGCAUCUGGGACUGGCAGCCUUCAUCCCCCAGGUCUUCCUCCUCUUCCAGGUCUCCCUGGCUUUCUACUCUGACCUGCCUUUCUGCUUCUUCCUGCACACCGCCAUCUUUGUGUCCUUCAACAAAGUCUGCACCUCACAGUACUUCCUGUGGUACCUGUGUCUACUUCCUGUGGUCAUCCCACGUCUGAGGAUGUCUGUAAAGCGGGGAGUUGGGCUGCUGGUCCUCUGGUUUGCUGGACAGGCUAUGUGGUUGGCUCCGGCAUACCUCCUGGAGUUUGAGGGCUACAACACGUUCCGGGAGAUAUGGCUGGCUGGACUGCUCUUCCUAGUUAUAAACUGUUUCAUCAUGGACCAGAUCAUCUCCCACUACCAAGCAAAGCACCCUGCUCUGAGACAGAAGACUGACUGAUGAUGUAAUACUUACUGCACCCACCAUGCCUUUCAGUAGAAGAUUAUAGAUCUGACCUGGAGGAGGAGAAUGGAACCUGCAGGAGCAGAACUAAAGGGGGAGGAACUCAGCACUAGAGGAGGAGGAACAGCAGACCUAGAGGAGGAGGAACAGCAGAACUAGAGGAGGAACAGCAGACCUAGAGGAGGAGGAACAGCAGACCUAGAGGAGGAGGAACAGCAGAACUAGAGGAGGAACAGCAGACCUAGAGGAGGAGGAACAGCAGACCUAGAGGAGGAGGAACAGCAGACCUAGAGGAGGAGGAACAGCAGAACUAGAGGAGGAGGAGGAACAGCAGAACUAGAGGAGGAGGAACAGCAGAACUAGAGGAGGAACAUCAGAACUAGAGGAGGAGGAACAGCAGAACUAGAGGAGGAGGAACAGCAGACCUAGAGGAGGAGGAACAGCAGACCUAGAGGAGGAACAGCAGAACUAGAGGAGGAACAGCAGAACUAGAGGAGGAGGAGGAACAGCAGAACUAGAGGCGGAGGAACAGCAGAACUAGAGGAGGAGCCGAAGGAGAGGGAUGGUCUCUAAUAACCCUAACCUGAAAAAAGGAUGGGUUAAUAUGUUGCACACGAGUCUAGUGACUAUAUUCUUUUCUGUCUGCACUGUAACACUUUAGCUGUAUAUUCUUGGUGGUAUAGCAUGAACAUGGACAAAACAGACCAACUUUUCCAAUGUGGGAACGCAAUACAUUUUUGUAAUAAACUCUUGAUACUACA